GAUUUUCAGACCAAAAGCUUUUCACGAGCGUGGACAGCCUUCUGCGGCAGACCUGCUCAACAAAAAAGUUCGGAUCGGUUUCUUCAUCGCGCUUUCGAUUUUGGUACGGUUACCCACUCGCGCUGCAUGUUUGUAUGUUUGCUGUGUUCCUUGCGACAGUGCAGGUUACAUUGUUAUUGUUUGCUAGACUGGAACGCUCACGCACACCAACAUAUAAUGCGUAAGGGCGGUCGCGCCAUCUGGACCUUUGGAUCGAUCACAGAUUGUACGGUUAUCUUCUUCCUACCUUUCGUCGCGCCUUUUUUGAGCGUUCCCCACACCACCCCCCUUCCUUUUUCUUUCCCUGCACUAUACCAGCUCCUCACGGAGGCUUUUCGGACCUUUUUGUUUGGCGGAUGUAAUACCCUUUUUUCUCUAUCACUUGUUGUGGCUGGAUCUACGUGGCAGCAGAAAUGUGUGGGAUUUCUUUUUUUCGCUUGUCGCAAAAAAUCAUGAACUACGCAGCGCUUUGAAUGUUUUCCAUUUCUUUCUUUACAUAGCUGAGUGGGAUUGAUGGAUAGAACUGAUCUAGAGGAUACUGCAGC